GCCGUGCAUGGCAAUUUGACAUUUGCCUGCCCGCUUUGACUGGCCGGAUCGAGGAGCCGGGGGCAAGGUCCUCGCUCCAUCCAGGAGCCAAAUCCCGGAUUUCUCUUCCUUCCACCCUCUCGUCAACUUCAGGAGGCACGGUGAGAAGGAUCGGAUCUUUCACUCGCUACUUCCCCCGCGUGCUGCUUGCGACUUCUGCGACCGACCGUGUGUGCGACCGCCUGAGACGUCACCUAGGCAGACAUCAACACCGCAAGAAAGCCAGGAGCUUCCUUUCCCACCGCACAGUCACUCGUUCCGCACAGCUCUACUGUCAACAUCUUCCCUCGUUUAGACCCGGGCCCCCGCUUGACCACCGCCGUAUCUCAUUCCAUCUCCCAUUGUGUCUAUCUCUGCGCCUUCAGAUAGCAGCCGACCAUGCGCACCGCGCUCUUGACCUCCGCCCUCGCCGGCGUUGGCGCUGUCAACGCGAUCGCUACCAUCUCGGUGAAGGGCUCCAAGUUCUUCACGAGCGAUGGCGACCAGUUCUACGUCAAGGGCAUUGCCUACCAGCUCGUCCCCGACGACCCGCUCAUCGACAACACACAGUGCAAGCUCGACGCAGAGCUAAUGAAGUCAAUUAGCACCAACUCGAUACGUGUCUACCAUGUUGAUCCCUCUGCCGAGCACGACGACUGCAUGAGCACCUUCGCCGACGCCGGCAUCUACAUCUGGCUAGACUUGGAUACCUUCGAUACGCAGAUUGAGCAGACAUCGCCGCACUGGAACCAGACCCAGCUUGACCACUUCUCCGCCGUCAUGGACACCUUCCAAAAGUACGACAACCUGGCUGGCUUCUUCGUCGGCAAUGAAGUCCUCACGACAGGUAACGGCUCCGUCGCCGCACCCUUCGUCAAAGCCGCCGCCCGCGACCUCAAAGCCUACCGCGACUCCAAAAACUACCGCAACAUCCCCAUCGGCUAUUCCGCCGCCGACAUCUCUACGCUGCGCCCCAUGCUGCAAAACUACCUCGCGUGCGGUGACAAUUCCUCCGAAGCCCUCGACUUCUACUCGCUCAACGCGUACGAGUGGUGCGGCGAAUCGUCCUACAUGCAGUCCGGCUACAACAUGCUCACCGAGAACGUGACGAACGUGGGCUACAACAUCCCCAUCUUCCUGUCCGAGACUGGCUGCAUCAAGCCACCACCCCGCACCUUCGACGACCAGGCCGCCAUUUUCGGGGAUGAAAUGGCCAAUGUUUGGUCCGGUGCGAUUGUCUACGAGUGGAUCAUGGAGGCAAAUGAAUAUGGCCUUGUCAGCUAUGGCCCCAAGGUUGAGCCUGGCCCCAGCGCCCCGCCGGACGGAUAUACCCGCUCUGGAACACCGACGCCUAUCUCGCCUGACUUCGAUAACCUGAGCAACCACUGGAAGACGCUGAGUCCGUCUGGCGUGAAGGAGUCGGAGUACAAUCCUACGCUUACGGCUCCUCCGUGUCCAGCGUUUACUUCCGAGGCUUGGGAGGUCGACCCUACCUCGAAGCUCCCUACGCUGGGGCAGACUUACCAGGCGCAGGCGGGCGGUACUGGAGGUGGUUCUCAAGCUACGGGAUCUGGAAGCUCAGCGACAGCAAGCGCGACAAGGGGCGCUGCUCCAGGCAACCCCGCGCGGGAGCUACAGAGCAUGGGCAUCGGUCUCGUUGGUGUUUUCGCCGGCUUCCUCAUCUGGAUGUGAGAGGCACCCUUCUUUUCGAUUUCGAAACCAUGCGCAGGGACGCAUUUCAAGGGCGCGUACCGAGAACGCGAACCGGGUAAUGGGCUUGUAGAGAUGGUUUGCAAUAAUGGCUUGGUCGGUACAUAUACCCCGGUUGUUUCGUUUCCUUUUCCAUACUGGUGGGCCUGGUUGCAUGAGCAGUUGCACAGCGAGCAAUUGGGAAUGGCGUUGGUUCUAUGCAUACGGACAUGAUACCAUGUAAUGUGUCGGUGGAAGGAAAACAAAAGUACCUACCUACUCAUACCCUUGUAGAUAUCGAAUAGCAUGUCUGAUAUUGGCAGUUCUUGCA